AUGGCAAGCUUCGGCGCCUUCGGCACCCAGCGCCACUAUACCCCAGGGCAGGGGCAGCGGGAGGCCGGGGGGCAUCUGUGUUCUGCAGAGACUUCGAAAACGGCCACAAAACUCAAUGCGAUGAUAGAGGGCCGUGGGGUCGCGGACACCGCCCAGAGGUUUUCCUCGCUGCCACCCUACCUGCCGGUGACCUACCGCGUGCACCACGCCGACGUGUCCUUCUUCCUGCGGGAGGCCGACCAGGACGCCAUGCGCAACUCCAGCCUGCAGUCGCGCGUGGAGUCCUUCUUCACCUACAGGGCCAGGCGGCCCCCGAUCUUAAACGCCAGCUUUGGGCCUUUCGCGGUGGAAAAGGUCGUGCCUCUGGACUUGAUGUGGAUUUCAAACUUUCUGGGCCCAACCAACGAGUUCGGUCUCAACUGGAGGCUGCAGGCGCACAUCCUGCGGGACCGGGUGUACCGCAGCCGGCCCACGGUGCAGGUGCUGUUCCACGUCGUGGGCCGGGACUGGGCCGAGCGCGGCCCCGAGGAGCGGCUGCCCUGCCUGCGGGCGUUCGCCUUCCGGGAGACCAGGGAGGUGAGGGGCGGCUGCCGGCUGCAGGGCGCCCUGGGGCUGUGCGUGGCCGCGCUCGAGCUGCCGUCCAGCUGGUUCGACGCCCCCACGGUGCUGGCCGGGAGGAGGAGGCCGGCGGACCCGGCGGAGGGCAGCGCGGUGGAACUGUACUACGCCGUGCACGCGGCGGACGAGCGCGGGGACUGUGCCGGCGGUGACGUCAGGAAGGGCAAUGCCAUCCGUCCGGGGAAGGACGGCCUGGAGGACGCCACGUCCCGCCUGCAGAGGAUCGGCGCCGUGGGCCUCUUCCCGGCCCGGGACAGCAGUGCGCAGCUCAGCGAGCUGCGACUGGAUGGCAACGUGGCCAUUUCGGUGCCGUCCGGGCCAGUCAAGCAAGGAGACGUGGUCACCGCCUACGUCACCGUCGCCAGCAACUCCACCGUGGACUUCUUCAUCUUGAGAGCCAAGGUGAAGAAGGGGGUGAACGUCUUGAGCCCCCGGACCAGCCAGCCGCGGCAGUGGGACGUGAAGCAGGAGCUGGGAGACAGCGGGAAGCAUGCCACCGCCACCGUGGUGUGCCAGCGCCUGGGGCCCAGCGCACGCAACAGAAGCAGCGGUUCGUUCCAUGAGGUCGUGCAGAUGAACUUUGAGAUCGCCAGCUUCAGCAGCCUCUCGGGGACCCAGCCCAUCACCUGGCAGGUCGAGUACCCGCGGAAGGGGGCCACGGACCUCGCCGUGUCUGAGGUCUUCAUCAGCCAGAAGGACUUGGUGGGCAUCGUCCCCUUGGCCAUGGACACCGAGAUCCUGAACACCGCCAUACUCACAGGCAAGACGGUCGCCUUGCCCGUCAAGGUGGUCUCUGUGGAGGAGAGGGGCGCCGUGGCGGACAUCUCAGAGGCCGUGGAAUGCAGGUCCGCGGACGAGGACGUCCUCGAAGUGUCUGACCACUGUGACUACAUCUUUGUCAAUGGCAAGGAGAUGAAAGGCAAGGUGGAUGCGGUGGUGAACUUCACGUACCAGUACCUGAGCGCCCCCCUGCACGUCACUGUGUGGGUGCCCCGGCUGCCUCUGCAGAUAGAGGUCUCUGACACAGAACUGAGCCAGAUCAAAGGCUGGAGGGUCCCCAUCGUGGCCAGUAAGAGGCCCACGCGGGACAGCGAAGACGAGGACGAUGAGGAGCGGCGGGGACGCGGCUGCGCCCUGCAGUACCAGCACGCCGCCGUGCGCGUGCUCACCCAGUUCGUGGCCGAGGGCGCCGGCCCCUGGGGACAGCCGAGCCACCUGCUCAGUCCCGACUGGCAGGUGGACGUCACCCACCUGGUGGCCGACUUCCUGAAGCUGGAGAAGCCGCACGUCGCCACGCUCCAGGACAGCAGGGUCCUGGUCGGGCGGGAGGUUGGCAUGACCACCGUCCAGGUACUGUCCCCACUGUCUGACUCCAUCCUGGCAGAGAAGACAGUAACCGUGUUAGAUGACAAAGUGUCGGUGACAGACUUGGCCAUCCAGCUGGUGGCCGGGCUGUCUGUCACCCUCCACCCCGGCGUGGAGAACAGCAAGGCCGUCACAGCUGUAGCCACGGCGCAGGACCUGCUACGGACGCCCAAGCAGGGCCAAGGGCACCAGCCCGGCUGGGGCCAGACGCGGGAGCCCGGGUGCUCGCCCGCCUCUCGGAGGAAGAAGGUGAAGUUCACCACCUUCACCACCAUCCCCGCCGACGACGGCCGCCCCACCGUGAACUCCAUCCUCGGCGGCCAGGAGGAGGACAUCAAGUGGGUGUGCCGGGACCUGGACGCGGGCGCCCCCAGAGGACUCAGAAACUAUCUGGAGAAGUUCAAGGACAGCGUGUAG